ACCGCCCCCGGCAGGGCUCGCCUCGCCCCGCGCGUCGAGCGGCUCGGACCGCGAGUGCGACUUCGCUGCGCUCGCCCUGCGCUCACCCUGCGCGCUGCGCCCUCCCCGCCAAGGAUUACACACCAGUGGCCAACAGCGGUGCACAACGCGCUGGGGCCCAUGGAGGGCACGCGCAGACACGCCGUCGUCGGCGUCCUCGCGGGCACGGCGUCGUCCGCGGCCGCCGUGUCACCUCGUGAGGAUGGCGGUGCGGCGGGUGUGUGUUAGCCGCGCGCUGCGAGGCCACCGUCGACCGCUAUAGCAGUCCCAGGAUGCUCAAGAGGGGCUACUUCUGCACCACCUCGGAGGUGGGGCCGGGCGGCGGCCGCAAGGACUCCCUGCGGCCCCUGGCCAGCGAGGUGUCCACGUCGAGGGACUCGGGCUGCCCGCCGGACGAGGCGCUCGUCAGCACGUCCACGUCGCCGGCCCACGCCGCCUUCUCGUACACGCACAACGGCAGCCCGCCGCCCAGGAAGCCGUCGUACCCCUUCCACCUGGUGCUGAGGCUGCGGGUGCUCCAGAUUGUGUGCGGGCUGUCGGCGAUGGUGAUGGGCGCGGUGGCCGUCAUCGAGGAGCACGGCGAGCUGAACCUGGGCCUCGGCAUCCCGGCGGGCGGCGCCAGCGUCCUCGCGGCGGUGCUUCUCGUUGCAGCCGCCAGCGUGCACACCUCGCGAGGCUUCUCGGGGUACCGCGCCCCCGCCCCCACCUGCGGCGCGUCGCGGUACGGCGUGGCGGCGUGGCGCGGCGGCGCGUGGCGGGGCGCGCUGCCCGUGCUGCUGCUGUGGCUGCUGGCCGUGGCGCUGCACGCCGCCCUGCUGGGCCGCUCGCUGCUCGCCCUGGCCGAGCCCUACCACCCGCAGUACCCGCCGCACGUGUGGGUGCCGCCGUCGGCGGGCUCCAAGCCCACGCCCACCAGGACGGUGAUUGCGUCGCUGCAGAUGCUGCUGGCGGCCACCACGCUGCUGGCCGUCGGGCUGGUGCUGCACGUGGACUGCCGCCACGACCCCGGUGCGGGCGAGGGCCCCGGCGGCAGCGGCUCUGGCGUCGGCGGCGCCUCGUCGACGGCCAUGUCCAUGGUGGCGGUGGCGUCCACGUCGUCGGAGCGCGGCUCGCGGGUCUGA